ACGUUUUUGUUUUGCUACAUUCACAUUUAAAUAAAUAAAUACACAAGUAUUUGUACUUGUUUGAGAGACACAUUUUAUAUUAAUAAAUAGUCAUAUUUAUAGAUAAUCACUAUAUGGUUAUUUUAUUUGGUUAGUUCCAAAUUUACCGGAAGUGACAUCUUUCCAUAUCCGGUUACGGCGAUAUUUACAAUAACGACGUCGAGCGGCUAAUGCUAAGUAUCGAGAGAGAGAUCGGCAUUCACUUGGUGUAUUACAACCACGUUGCUCACCACAAAUGGCAUCUCAGAUCCCCAUAACCGUCAGGGCUCCGCCGGCAGCCGCCAGCUCUCCCGCUGUCCGGGGGAAGAAACGUCCCGCUAGUCCGGCGGUUUGUGCCGCUCAGCAGGUCACCGGGAGCUGCAGCAGCAAGAAGAAGAAAGUCCAGCUGACAGCUGUACCAGCCGCACAGGCUCAGAUUACAGCAGUGGAGUUGGUGCCUGAGGUGAAGCCAGUGGGAACAGUUGACUGUGGUCCUGCUGCCAUCACAGAGUCCACAGCAAAGCCUCCACCCUUCAAAGACCCCACGUUUAUGGUGAAUGUCUGCUUCCAGUUGGGUUUUAGUUGUAUCUGCUUCUGUGGCUUCUCCCUCAAGUUCUUCCCCCGUUUCUUCCUCUCUGAAUCUCGGCAGCAUUCUGGGAUCGGUGGAGCAGCAGCAGGUAAGAAGAACAGGACCUGGAAGAAUCUCAAACAGAUCCUGGCUUUGGAGCGGACUUUACCCUGGACGCUCAAUGAUCCCAACUACUACAGCAUUGACGCCCCUCCCUCCUUGAAGCCAGCUAAGAAAUACUCCGACAUCUCUGGACUCCCUGCAAACUACACAGACCCUCAGACAAAGCUACGCUUCACCUCCUCUGAGGAGUUCUCCUACAUCCGCCUCCUCCCCACAGAUGUUGUUACUGGCUACCUUGCACUUCGAAAGGAAACGUGCAUCGUACCCUGACAGCCGAGCGAGACUUGAAACCUGAAACAGGUUCAAACCACAACUGAACUCGUGUCGGUGUAGGAAGCUGUUGGGCCAGCCAGGAGACUGAGAGCACAGGCUGCAUGUGAACAUGUGGACAAGGAGUCAUAGUCGUUACUGUGUGACAAAAUAAAUGUCCAGUUGUUUCUCAAUUACUCCAUCAUUACUAGCGAUGAUGCAGUACGCCCCCUUGUGGUAGAAUAUCAGUCUCCAGUGGUGAACAUUCACUCCGGUGUGGUUAAGGGAAGUCGUAGACAGAAAAUGUUUGCAUAGCUGUUUGAAGGAGUUUGUACAUUUCAGAUUGAUACUGUUUAUAAGGAGCUCAUUAAAGCUUUGAAUUGUAUGUUGAAGUUGA